GGGUGUCGUCCAAUGCAUCGGAUUGCGAGGGGGUUUGUCGCAGUCGAUGAAUUAGAGCCGCUCGCAGAGCCUCGAGAUUGACAGAAAAGUAGCAGGCUUGUAAUUCUUGAGCUCUUUUGAUUAAUAAUCGUGAGAUUAAAACGGGACUCGAAGCUUCGGCUGUGGGCAUCGGCGAGGCCCCUCUUAGGUUGGGCCUCCUGCCUGCCGGGAUCCCGACAGCCAUUCUCCGACGAUUUGCGACUACGAGUUUUUAACCCUUGUGUGGGAGAAUUCAGAUCUUGACUCUAUGAGUGUGGGGAUGUAGGCAGCGGAGGAGGGAGGAGAGACUCUGUUAGGCUGGGCUUCUGGACAUCCUUCCUUUUGCCAUCUGGUUAGGUCAAGACAGAAGGAAAUGGAAUCCACUCUCAGAUUUAGCAUAAUUUUGGUACUUCUUUACCUGGUCUUUGCCUCAAGUCAUGUGUCUUCCGAUAAAGAUUUUUCUCAAUGUGAAACCACUGUCAAGAAUUGGGUGGAAUCUUCUAUUUUCACUGGAAGCAAGGAUGACAAAUUAUCAUUGAAAGAUCUAUUAUUCUUUUUACACAUUCCUAGAACUGGUGGUCGCUCAUACUUCUAUUGCUUCUUGAGAAAAUUGUACACAAGUUAUCAAGAAUGCCCUCGUUCUUAUGAUAAGUUGCGGUUUGAUCCAAGCAAACCAAAUUGCAGGUUGAUGGUCACUCAUGAUGACUACAGUUUGAUGUCUAAACUGCCCAAGGAGCAGACCUCGGUUGUAACUGUGUUGAGGAAUCCCAUUGAUCGUCUCUUCAGCUCCUAUGAAUUUGCAAUUGAAGUUGCUGCAAGGUUUCUUGUGCAUCCAAAUUUAACUUCGGUGACACAAAUGUCUAGGCGUUUACGUCCUAAAUCACGUGGUGUUAGUACCUUGGACAUAUGGCCUUGGAAGUACUUGGUUCCAUGGAUGAGAGAAGAUCUUUUUGCUCGGAGGGAUGCUAGGAAAUCAAGGAAAGUUGCAGAAAGUGAACGUCACAAUAACCCCUACAAUAUGGAGGACAUGAUUAUGCCCUUGCACGCGUUCAUCAAUCAUCCGGUAGUUCAUGAGAUCAUUCACAAUGGAGCCACAUUUCAGAUUGCUGGAUUAACAAACAAUUCUUAUCUUGAGGAAUCUCAUUUCAUUCGCCAUUGUGUAAGGACACAUCCUGAACUUGGUAAAUUUGUGCUGGAUGUUGCAAAGAGUAGAUUGGAUCAUAUGUUAUAUGUUGGGCUUACUGAGGACCACAAAAAGUCUGCUACAAUGUUUGCAAACAUGGUUGGGGCACAGGUUCUUUCCCAGUCAGAAUCCUUGAGCUUGAAUUUUGGGCAAGAUGCAAUUAAUAUAACAGAUCCUGAGGAUGAUGAAUCAAUUCAAAAUCAGCUUAGUACAAAUGACCAACAACAAGGUGAAGUUCCUACUCCAAAAAGCGCCAAAUCAACAGACAAAAAUAUGACAGUUCAAAAGCUGAUGGAUGAUUAUGAAGUUUGUAUUUCAAAUUUACGGAAAUCCCAAUCUACUCGGCGAACCUUUUCAUUGAGGUGGAUUGCUCCUGCAAACUUUUCGAAGGAGGCACGGCUUAUGGUUCCAGAGGAGAUCCUGCAGCAAAUACUGUCACUCAACAGUCUUGAUGUGGAGCUGUACAAUUAUGCACAGGAUUUAUUUUUGCAAGAACAAAAACAUCUGAUGCAGACUGCUGAAAACUUUUUUAACAGGCAGCGAAAGAAUGCGUCAGCUGAAGUGGAAAUGCGGAAACAGGUCUGCCAAGACUUUUAUCAUUGUAUCCCAUGGAAGACGAUUUUGUUAGGAAUUACAGUGCUGCUGAUGAUUGGAGUGGUCAUUUUGGUUGUAACUGCUAGGAGGAGGACAUCGAAGCUGAAGGUUUGAAACUCCCUAAAAUUGAUGGUACGGCACGAAUUUGGAAGCGGCCUCCAUUUAAAUUCAAGAACUAUCUCCUGGCUGAAGCUAACAAACACCCAUUCUUUUUAUGAAGUUGAUCAUAUUGAUGCUUUGCCAUGGGUUUAAUUUUAUUGUAUAGUAAACCUAUAUUAAGAAAGAAGAAUAGGGAUAUAUGGCAUGCAUGUUUAUUAGUGUUGUUGGCUUUUAGGCAGCAACUAGCAAGCCCUUUCGUUGAGGGAAAUUCUGGUAUUUUUUUUUAAUUUAUUUUUUUCCAGUACAUGGAGAGAUUUAAGGGGGAAACUCCAGCAAAAUGUGGUAUUUUCAAUGAGGAGGCGUGGCUUGAGGGUUUAAGGGUUUAUGUUAUCAUAAGAUGAAUUAUUAAACAGAAUAAAGUCAAUUUUAGGUUUUGAGUAUU